CCAUUAGUUGCUUUCUAUGUGUCUGUCUUACAUACAUCAGCAUCAUCAUCAGUAACAACUGCAUGCACAUAGCAUAAUGAGGGUGAGAGUUAGAGUGAGUGAGUGACAAAGAAGAUGAAGAAUGAAAUCAAGAAAAGAUGAUAAAGAUUUCUGUUACUCCUUAACUUUACCUCUUUCAUCACCAUCAUCAUCACCAUCAUCAUCAUCAUCAUCUAUCUCUCUUUCCCAAAUUCUCAAAAUGGGAUUCAUUCAGUCUUCUUCUUUUUCCCCAAAUUCAAAGACUUUCUUCAUUGUUUUCUUGAUUUUAACCUCCUCUCAUGCUCAAGGUGAAUCAAAUUGGAAGCUAAUUCACAAGGAUAUCCAGAUGGAAAGAAGAAAUCUUUUGAUUGGAUCAAGACCACCAAGAUGUGAGAAGGGUUAUUGCAGAAACUGUGGUCAUUGUGAAGCUGUUCAAGUCCCAAUUUCACCAAGAUUCAUUAGAACAACUCAUCAAGCAUUGGGUACAACCACAAGAAGCAUAGUAGAUUCAAGAGGUGAUGCUAUCUCCAAUUAUAAACCCAUGUGUUGGAAAUGUAAAUGUGGGGAUUUCAUGUUCAAUCCUUGAUCCAAUGUAUACAUACAUUGAUACAACUAUGGUUAAUAGUUUCUCUCUUUCUUUGUUUUUUUUUUCUGUAACGAGCAAAAUGUAACAAAGUUUUGUUUAGUUCCUAUUUAUUGUAGUGAAAUCUUUUUUCUCGUAAC